AUGGCGACCAGCAGCGGCUCCAAGGCCGAAUUCAUCGUCGGAGGGAAAUAUAAACUGGUCCGGAAGAUCGGGUCGGGCUCGUUCGGGGACAUUUAUCAGGCGAUCAACAUCACCAACGGCGAGGAAGUGGCAGUGAAGCUCGAGUCUCAGAAGGCCAGGCACCCCCAGUUGCUGUACGAGAGCAAACUGUAUAAGAUUCUCCAGGGCGGGGUGGGCAUCCCGCACAUUCGGUGGUACGGUCAAGAGAAAGACUACAAUGUCCUCGUCAUGGACCUUCUGGGACCCAGCCUCGAAGACCUCUUCAAUUUCUGUUCCAGAAAGUUCACAAUGAAAACUGUACUGAUGUUAGCGGACCAGAUGAUCAAUAGGAUUGAGUAUGUGCACACCAAGAAUUUUAUACACAGAGACCUUAAACCAGAUAACUUCCUAAUGGGUAUCGGGCGCCACUGUAAUAAGUUAUUCCUUAUUGAUUUUGGUUUGGCCAAAAAGUACAGAGACAACAGGACACGGCAACACAUACCAUACAGAGAAGAUAAAAAUCUCACCGGCACUGCCCGAUACGCGAGCAUCAAUGCACAUCUUGGUAUUGAGCAGAGUCGCCGAGAUGACAUGGAAUCAUUAGGAUAUAUUUUGAUGUAUUUUAAUCGAACCAGCCUGCCAUGGCAAGGACUAAAGGCUGCAACAAAGAAACAGAAAUAUGAGAAGAUCAGUGAAAAGAAGAUGUCCACACCCGUUGAAGUUUUGUGUAAAGGGUUCCCAGCAGAAUUCGCCAUGUACUUAAACUAUUGUCGUGGGCUGCGCUUUGAGGAAGCCCCGGAUUACAUGUAUCUCAGGCAGCUAUUCCGCAUUCUUUUCAGGACCCAGAACCACCAAUAUGACUACACAUUUGAUUGGACUCUGUUAAAGCAGAAAACCGGAGGACAUCAGGCACCUUCUACCAGUGGGCAGGGUCAGCCGGCGCAAAGCCCCACUGGCAAGCAAACGGAGAAAACAAAGAGUAACACGAAAGGCUUCUAA